GGAGUUUUUCUCCAUGUCUGCAUGCUGUUGCUCCUGACGCUCUGUGUUGUUUCCAGACCACCGCGGCUGCCGUUUACUUGGCGUUUUUACGUAUUCCCGCUCUACGGGGGCCUUGGUCUGAAUUAAUUUUCCGUGAACCCCCCAGCCGCCCGCCAGCCGCCCACCACCUUCCAACCCUUCGCCCAUCACUAGGUUUUUCUCUUGUUUCAUGUAAUUUUCAACAGUUGCUCCCUGGUUGGCCGUCUGUGAAGUGCAGGGCAGCCGAAUCCCCGGCUGUGACCAGAGGAUGUUGGGACGUGGGCGUGUGAGAACACACACAAGAGCCACCUACCAUUUCUGAGAUUUAGAAGAUAAUUUUGCCUCUGUGGUUUGCUCAUAUUUGUGAGGGCAAUCUGUCCCUAUGUGUGUGUGAAUCUGCUCGUAGAGUGGUGUGAAGCAGCUGGCCUGUGGUUGUCUGUGCAGCAACACACUUGAAGAAGCCAAAAAAAAAAUACACCCGGCUUAAAUGUCGGUCUGGGCACUUUGGCUGAAAUGGUUCAAAAUGGCGCAACACUGGGAGGUACUUUGAACUCUGCCCGCUUGCUGCUCCCAGCGGUGACAUUUUUAAUGACAAUAUACAACACGUAUAAAUCCACCACACGGUUUCGCCAUCAAAGUUCAAAUGUCGGGGUGGGGGGGGCAGAUUUUUAAGCUUUUCCAAGUGCAGAUAUUCUCGUAUGUGAGGGGAAACGUCCGUUUCGCUGACGUCCGUUUGCUGCGGACAAAAAGGGCUGAACUAAACACUCAGGGACCAGCCAGCCUUUCCUGGACGUCAUCCUUCUUCUUAUUUUAAGACCUUCUUGUGUUCGAGUGACAGAAUAUUGUGAACGGGACCAACCAGAGCACCUGGUUAUGGAGAUAGUGAAGGUGUGGAGCGAGGAUGGGGCCGGCAAAGUCGUGGAGAUCCCGGCCGACAUGACGGCUCGAGAUGUGUGCCAGCUGCUGGUCUACAAGAGCCACUGCCUGGACGACAGCGCCUGGUCGCUGGUGGAGCACCACCCCAUCCUCGGCAUUGAGAGAUGUGUGGAGGACCACGAGCUGGUGGUUCAGGUUCAAGCCUCCAUGAGCGGUGACAGUAAAUUCCUCUUCAGGAAGAAUUAUGCCAAAUAUGAAUUCUUCAGGAACCCCCUGAACUUUUUUCCGGAGCAGAUGGUGGCUUUUUGUCAGGAGUCUGAUGGCUCAAUUCCUCCGUCACAGCUCUUACAGAACUUUCUGAACUCAAGCAGCUGUCCAGAGAUUCAGGGCUAUCUGCAUGUGAAAGAGCCUGGACGCAAGUCCUGGAAAAAGCUCUACAUGUUCCUGCGCCGCUCCGGCCUUUAUUACUCCACUAAAGGAACAUCCAAGGAGCCCCGGCACCUGCAGGUACUGUCAGACCUGGAGGACAGUAACGUCUUCACCGUCAUCACGGGCCGAAAACUUCACAACGCCCCCACAGACUACCAGUUCUGCAUCAAGCCCAGCAAAGUGAGGAGCGACUGCAAGGAACUGAAAAUGCUGUGUGCGGAGGACGAGCAGAGCAGGACUUGCUGGAUGACUGCCUUCAGGCUGUUCAAAUACGGAAUAGUGCUGUAUCAGAGCUACAACGUGCCCCAGCAGAGGAAGUCUAACCUCUCGCCUUUUACUGCACCUGUGCGAAGCGUAUCUGAGAAUUCCCUGGUUGCCAUGGACUUCUCCGGGCGGACCGGUCGCGUCAUCGACAACCCCAUCGAGGCCCAGAGCGCCGCCCUGGAAGAAGGGCAUACCUGGAGGAAAAGGAGUCAGCGUAUGAAUGUCUUGGGCAGUCCCAGUCCCCUGCAUCCAUCUUCUCUGAGCACAGUGAUUCACAGGACACAGGUGUGGUUUCAUGGUCGUAUCAUGAGAGAGGAAGCCCACAAAAUGAUGAUACAACAAGGCCAAGUCGAUGGGUUAUUCUUGUUGCGGGACAGUCAGAGUAAUCCCAAGGCAUUCGUGCUCACCUUGUGCCACCACCAGAAGAUCAAGCACUUCCAGAUCCUACCGUGUGAGGAGGACGGUCAGGUAUUCUUCAGCCUCGACGACGGCGCCACCAAGUUCACCGAUCUGAUUCACCUGGUGGAGUUUUACCAGCUUAACAGAGGAGUGCUGCCCUGCAAGCUCAAACACCCAUGCACCGCUGUGGCCUUGUGACACUCCUCCCCCCAAACCUUUCUUUGCACACCUCUCUCCCUGAGAUCUCCCUCCCUCCCCUUCUGUCCCCUUUACCCCUUCCCUUACCAACGCAGUGGGGGUUGAGGAGAUGGAGAAAAGUUACGUCCUGUUUUGCGGAUGUGAACAACUCUGCUAGGAGCCAGGACUGGAAGUCGAUGUCCCCCAGUGGGUAACGUUCGUCUCCACCUUACUGCUGCUUGGUUGUUUGAAUGAGAGCUGUUGGGACAGGCCAAGUGUCGAAGACUGUGGACUCCUGCGGUUGUUUUGUUAUUGGUGUUCAGACCCCAGAAAAAGACCAGCGUGAUGUGAAACCACAAGAUGGCUACAGUAUGUUUCCAGUGGGUCUCUUGGAUGGAUCCCUUCCUUUAGAGUCCCAAACCUUUCAGCCCCACCCACCCACCUUCCCCAUCCUCCAGGCCUGAUAAGCUGUGGUGCCCGCCCUGUCCUCGAUACCGAGGUGGGCGGGGAGCGCCACCUUCUGACUUCCUCAAUGAUCAUCAGGGAUGGACGGGAACCUCCCUGGGUCCCAUCAAACUUGAUCCAGGAGUUUUCUCAACCUGUGCAGUCCAGUCUGGAUAAGCUGACACCCUGCCCUCCACCCCCCGGAAACACCUUAGCGGGGCAUGACGUGGCAUCGCUGCCGUGUCCCGACCCACAGACCCCUGAUGCAACCCCAAUCCCGCCUCCACACGAGCUCAGAAAAAAGUCGGGAGAGAAACGAGAAGUCGCUGAAAGGCAAGACGAGCAGAGCAGGGGCGAGGGUUUGCUGAAAGGACAGAGGAAUGUUUAUCAGGAAGGCUGUACAAGCCUCUCUUGUAGAGUUGAUUACUUGAUGUCAUUUUAAUGCUGUUUUAUUACUGUUGAUUCAAUGAAGAACUUGUUUUGCACUCCCGAGCGGACAGACGACAGCUCUUUAGCUAAGAGAAGCUGCCUCCUCUUCCUCCUUCACUCCCCUUCUGAAAAGCACGCAUGUGAAUUUCCAUCAGCUCUGGCUGGAUUACGGUGGUGUGGGAGCACAGUCACAUCAUGCAGUGCUUUCCAGUAAGGUUUAAGAACAUCUAACUAACCUCCCCAGCCGUGUGUGUCGUACCAACAAGACCACAACAAUUAAAAAACAUGAAUGUGCUCUUGAACCAGCUGUAGGUGUCUCAAGACUUUAAGGAGGAAGAGGAAGAUUUUCAAAUAGACUCACUUUAAAGUGUGUCGAGCCCAAGCUUUCUACCAUUUCGGUCUUUUUUUUCCAAUCAAAAUGGUUAUUUUAUCUGUUGGUGAAUUUGUCUUUGAAUGUUUUCCUUUUACUAAAUAAUUUCUGAGCUCUCUGCUUGCACAUUUUUAAAAAAAUCAGCCUGAUUUGUUGUCGAUGGGUUGGAGCUGUCGUGUUCGGAUUCUGACCACUGUUCCCUCGUUGAAAGCAACAAAAGCACUCUCAAAACUUUUAUUAAAACCAUUUUAAAUAUGAAAUUUGAACAAAUUACUUGAAACGUGAACUCAGUUGUCUGUGUGUCAACAAGCAGUCAAAUGAGCUUCACUCGCCUUAAGUGAAAAUUGUGAGCCUUGUGUAUAAAAUUGAAGCUAUGUUUUAAAAAGUAAUGCACAUAGAGUAACACGUUUGGGAUUUUUUAUUCAGGGGUGGUGGAAGAACAUCAUGAGUGGGGAGAAAUGGUGGGAGAUUUGGGAAACAGUCCUUUUUUGCUUUCUUGUCAAGAAAUGUAACACACUCACAGGAUCUGUACGUUAAAUAUGAGGCUAAUGCUAGCGUGACUAGCAGUCUUGACUGUGCAGUUAGAAAGUCUGCCUAAAGCCACCUCUAAAGUCAGUAAUCAACAUGUUUUAUCAUCCUGGAAACAACAGUUUGUGAAAGUUAUCUGAUGUUUUUACUGAGCUUGGCUAGCUGGCUGUAGACUGCUAGCUAGCAUCACACAUAACUAGCUAGCUUCUCAUCUCUGCCUUCUUUUCUAACAGGAAAGCAAAAAAUAUAUUUUCCAAAAGGUCUAAAAGAUUCCUGUAAAGUAAAAAUCCAUUGGAACAAAACUUUGAAAACAUGUACUGGUGAUGCAAUCUCAGAUCUGGAUAAAAUGUCAGUCAACUCUAUAUUUAGAUAUUUCCAUUAGCUGCAUGAAGUGAGCACCAUUGCUAAACAUCAACAGGGUCGCUAAAUUACAAUCAAGCAGAAAUGGCUUCUUUCUUGAUUUCACAACCAAUCCAUCAAACAACAAAUCCACCGCUACAGAGACAUAGGAAGCUAACAUUACAGAGGGGUUUCGCUUAGUUUAGUAGUACCAGGUCAUUGUUUGAGUAAAUUAAGGGCCAGCAAGUAUUUGUUUUUGUUCUUUCAUUUUGAAAAAGUAAAAGUAUUCAAUUAUUCAAGCUUCUCAAAUAACAGGUUUAGUGAACUGAACCUCCAGUUUCAGAUUGUUGUACUAGCUGUCACCUUUGGUUCUUGAGAUUUUUUUUUCAUUCUUUAUUUUUUGUAGACACAUGACCCCUAACCAUGUGACAUUAACUUGUCGGCCAUUUUGGACAUGUGACAAAGUGAACAAGGCCCCAAUCACACAAGCCUACAGACUGGUCUGCAACCAGCUGGAAACCACUGGUCAUGAUGGGGAAAUAAGUAUUACUUGAAUGCUUGCAAGUAGUUAAUGGAGGUUGAUGGUUUUCACUCGAAAAAUAAAGUCUCAGUCACACAUGCCUUCCGGGUGGUCAGUGGCCCCUAUUUUUCCCCAAUGACCCACCUGUCAGUAUGGAAAACAUUUUGGAAACUGUAAAAAGUGCAGCAAAAAAAGGAAACAAGGAAUAUUUGUAUUUAUGUAAAAGUUGUCCUUUUUUGAAACAUGCUGGUUGUAAAUCUCAAGCACAGCUUUUACUUUGAAGAAGGAAUCCUCUCCAUCUCUGGUUUGUGUGACAAUUUACUACUGCUCAGAGAGUAAUUACAAAUAUCUUUCAGACAUACAUGACACACAGCGAUGCAAAUAUGCUAGCAACCAAAGGAGUCAUUGGGAGGUUUCCAUUAUAGCACCUACUUUGCAACUGAUUUCACCCAGCGAGAGCCACCAACCUCCUGGAAGUACUACCAACCAGUCCGUGAAUAUGUUUCCCUGACAACUAGUGGUUGUAUCGUUUCUAAUAUGAUGCCAUGUGAGAAAUCUCAGUACACCAAAAUUUGACCAAAAUCUUCUAAAUUGACUAAAUUGGAUAUUAGUGACGGUUAGUCUGUAAGUCUAGCUGCUGUGAUAGUAGAUCUCAUGGAAAACAUUUGUCACGUGACUGUGUCCAAAAUGUGUUACCAUUUUACUGUUUCGGUUUCCUUGAAUUUUUGGUUGAACGCUAGCUUUACACUAGAACAUACCACAUGUAUGUUACAGAGAACGAGUUUGCUAAUAGGUGGCUAAAUGCUAAACACAGAACCUUAACCUUAUGCCCAAUCUUAGCAUUCAUGGUUCAAAACUCAUUAAAGUGGCAUCAGUUUGUGAAUCAGUCGGUAUCAUAAGCUUUUUUCCCCCUCUACCUAGUUGGUCUACUGAAAAAAAAUGAGCUGUCAUCAACCAAUUCAUGACAUGUAAGAGAAAAUGCCAAUUGUUGAUGCUGUUGCCAGGUCUCUAAAAAUGAAUCUGUAAUAGUCAGCAUAGAGAUCAGUUCCAAAGAAUUAGAUUCACAUAGAAAUUCCUCUCAAAGUAGCUUAAACAGAUCAUGAGUUAGUUUAUUUUUGACCUUAUUUAUAGUAACAGGAAAAAGAUGCCCAAGAAAGGAGACGAGGAAUCCUUUUUGUCAUUCCUACUGUCACAUGACCAACUGAACCCGUGUGACAUAACACCUGCUUUUGUGCAGCACCCGUCCCGCCCUCACCUGCAGUUUCCAUCCAUCCUACCCCAGAUUCACAGGGUUAGAAUGAGGUCGGCAGACUCUAAGCACCGACACUGAUACACACACAGACACACAUACAAUCCACUGCCGCCACCAGCCAACUAAUCGCGUGACUUAAACGACUCACCAGCUCUGCACUCCACCAAUCAGGCCUUUCUGGUCAGUCAGGUCAGACUCUCUCCAGGGAUUGGAUAAUGCUUGAAUCCCCCGCCCCCCUCUCCCACCUGUGUCCAGCCUGUAAGCUAUAUGACCCUGUGGUAAAUGUGUGUUGGUGUGCGGAUGACCAGACUGUUAUAUUCACUCUUCAGGAAGUCUGCUGGCUAACGCGCUUGCCCUUUUAGAGGCGGUAAGAAGACAGUCUGGUAAAGUCGGGGGGGUAAGCUGCAGAUUUAGAGGAGACGGGAGUUUGACUGGAAGUUUCCCAGCAUUCCCAGUCAUCAGUUUAGGUUCUUCCCUGUCUGACAGAGGAUGAAAGCCACGUCACUAUGGGUCAGCGGGGACAAAAUCACCGUCCUCCCUCCAUUUUUUUUUUAAGUCACUGUGCUACAAUGCAAUCGUUCACAGAAGUCCAAUCAUAUGAAUAUAUACCAGUAUAAAGUCUUGUUUUCAAAGUAUGUGAAGCUAUGGAGAAGAUGUAGAUCUAACACUGUACCUAGGUCACAGAUCACUAUGUAUGGGCUGUUAUGCUUUUGCUCAUAACUCCAUGUAAAAUGAAGAAUGAUUUGUUUUUUCCUUUUUUUUAUUAUAUGAUUGUGUGUAUGACUUUAUUGUGUAUUGUCUUUGGUUUGCCACAAAAUGACGUAUACCACAGCAUAUACAGUAUUAAUUAAAUUAAACUUCUUUUUUUUUUUUUUUAAGAAAUCAAACUGGAUUUUUGGCAUGUGUCAAAUUUCUGAACUUCAGUUGUUUAUAAGCUGACAGGCUGUCGGAGUCUUCAUCUCUGCCAGGUUUCAACUCUUUCAGUAUUCCCUCUCUGUCAUUUAUACUCCAUGUUUGGAUAUUAAGCCCACACACACACACAGCAUUGUUUUUUGAUGGAGAGCGCACACGCUAAUUCUUAAGCUUUUCAUCACAAGUAGUGCAAUUAUAAGCUGUAGCUCCAGAGGAUUGUGCAUCUCAUUAUAAUGUCUAUGUUGUCUGAUUAUUUUUCUUAAAGGUGCGUAACAUUUUUUUGUAUUCUCUCGCAGCACGUGCCUCUUUCUGAAACGGUCACAGCUCCCUAGUUGCCGUCCGUCCACUCUCACACUGCGUUUCAAAUUAGCUGUGACUGUGAAAUGCAGCCUUACCGGAACUAAAUGCUAAUGUGGACGUCACACGUCAGUCCCACUGAACUUCGGUGACUUACACUAUAGGUGCAAGUGAAGCUAACUCAGUGUUUUUAUUGCUGGGUCAAAGUCAUCAUAAGUUGAAGUCAAAUAUAAAAUUCCAGGGAGGAAAAAACAAAAACAAAGGAUCAAAUGAACUGUAAUCAUUUUUUCUGACGUACACUCCUCCACUGUGCUUUGCUUCAUUCUGUCUGUGCGGCUCCUGGAUCUACAUUGUAUCCUUUUCAGGUAUUUUUUGUACAAAUAAGGGACUGAUAUAUUCUCUGUUUAUUGGAAAUUAGAAUAAAAGACAACAUUGCUAUAAACCAAA